UCUGGGARUCCUUUAUGAGGUGCAACCAAAACAGCUGUUAGACAAAGCAACAGGGAUAUUCUUGCAGGCUGUCUGUCUAGCAUUAGUUCUGAAUACUGUUGUGGUUUUGAUCACUAAAAUGGCUGUGACUUUUGGACUCUCUUUGAGUGUUUCUUGGAUUUGCUGCCUGCUAAUUGGAGGGAUAACUUGUUUAAGCCUUAAAGGUAACGCUAAUGGGCAUGCUGCCUACACUGGACCUGAACAAACUGGAACCUAUGCCCAAGCAAGUGUGGUGUCUGGGCCAAAUGCUAAAGCUACUGAACACAAUGCCUUGUCAAGUGUGAAGUCCGGUCCAAAUGCCUCAGCAGAUGCAACUGCCAACCGCGCCUCAGCAGAAGCGUCCGGCCCCCGCGCCUCAGCAGAAGCGUCCGGCCCCCGCGCCUCAGCAGAAGCGACCGGCCCCCGCGCCUCAGCAGAAGCGACCGGCCCCCGCGCCUCAGCAGAAGCGACCGGCCCCCGCGCCUCAGCAGAAGCGACAAGCCUUGAACAGAAGGCCCGACCCCUCAACAAGCUAGAUAGGGAGAUCAUAAUUUGGUUUGCCCAACUCCUUAAUCGUCUUUCCCCUGUUACUGUGCCUCCUUUUAAAGAGAAGGGCAAAGGUAACUGAGGUGGGGAAAUAUGCCAACUAAUGCACUUGUUUGAAAUGAGGUUCUUCUUCACUUGCGUAUCGUCAUGCAAAUUGUUUUACAUGUUGGGACGCCACGUUGGUAUGAAUUUUUUUUAUAACCAUACGACUAAAAUUGACAUCUGAUUCUGCGAUAUUGCUGACACACUUUUAGGUUCUACGGUUAUGCUUUUGAUUUAGCCUGGUGUUCCUGCUACUCUUGCAUGAUUUGCUCAAUAAACAAUUUGACUUUCAAAAUA